AUGGAAGGUUGUCCACGUCUUCCUGGAUUAGGUUUCGAUUUAAAACUAUCCAUUGAAUCAGUUAAUUUAUGUGAAAAAAUUCCCAAUUAUAUUAAUACUCAUUAUGAAGAAAAUGGUGAAAAUUUUACGAAUGAAUGUGAACAAAUGAAUCGUCUUCGACAAACUUCUAUCAGUUGUUCAAUAGAUGAAGUUGGUGUACAAAUUCUUAAACGUUAUUAUUGUCAAUUACAGUUAUUGUCUAAUCGUUUUCCUAUGUUACCUGAUACAGAAUGUUCUGUUCGAUUUACUUGGGAAGAUGCAUUUCAAAGAGAAGAUAAUACAUAUAGUGAUAUUCGAUUUGAAGAAGCUUGUAUAUUAUACAAUAUUGGAGCAAUGUAUUCAAAAUUAGGUGCCCAUGAAUCAAGAAAAUCACAUGAAAGUAUGAAAGAUGCUUGUACUUAUUUUCGAUAUUCAGCUGCAUGUUUUGAAAAAUUACGUGAUCAAUAUACACCGUAUUCGUUAGAUUUCAGUUCAGAUAUAUUAACAUGUCAAGUUGAUAUUCUUUUGGCACAAGCACAUGAAGCUGUACUUGAAAAAUCUUUACUCGAUCAACGACCAUUAUCAGUGAAUGCUCAUAUAGCAAUGCAAAUAUCAGAAUAUUAUAAAACGGCACUUGCUAAUCUUAUGAAACCAGGAAUUAAUUCAAUUGUAUCAAAAAAAUUUCGAGAAUGGCGUGUCGCUUUAACAUAUAAACUAUCGUAUUAUCUUGCAAUAACAUAUUAUUGUUGUGGUAAUAUAGCUGAAGAGAAUAAAAAACGUGGUGAAGCUGUUUGUUAUUUUGAAAAUGCUGUUGAACGACUUAAAGAUGGUUGGAAAAAUGCGGAAAAAAUUUCAUCAGACAAAACAACGAUAUAUAAAGAUGCACAUGCAUUUGCCUAUGAUCUUAUUAUGGAAAAAUAUAAAUCAGCUAAACGUGAUAAUGACAGUGUCUAUUUUGAGAAAGUACCUUCAUUAUCAAGUUUACCAGCGAUACAAGGAGUUAUUGUGGCUAAAUCACAAGCAUUUGAUUGUCAUAAUCCUGAUGUAUGUGGAGUAGAUAUUUUUCAAAAACUAAUACCAAUGGAUAUACAUCUAGCUGCAUCGGAAUAUAGUGAAGAAAAAGCAAAAGUUUUACGUAAAACUGUUGAAUUAACAGUAAACAAAAAUCAAGAACUUGAAGCUUUUAUGAGUUGUUUACAACUAGAUCGUAUUCCAUUAAAUAAUGACUAUCUUCGUUUACCACAUGAAUUACUUGAUUGUUGUGCUGCUGUUGCUGCCCGCUCAAACAUGUUGAAAGAUUUAAUUUCAGCUAUGCAAGAACUUAAUAGCCACCAUUGUAAUGUAACUGAACAGAUAACGAAUAUUGAACCACUACUUCAAACCUUUGAAUUAACCAAUAAUUCAAUAAAAUCAAAUAAAGAAUAUCAAGAUUUACAAAAUAAUGUAAAAAAUAUUCAUGAAAUGAUGUUGCAAGCUAAUGAAAGUAAUACGGAAUUACAUCGAUAUAUGACAACAAUGAUGGAACAUUUGAAAAUUCUGAAUUUACCGAUUGAAGAAAUAGAAAAAUCUUUACCAACGAUAAUUGAAUUUAACAAUGAAAAUAAUAAAUCGAAAUUAUCACGUAUUAAUGUAUUACUUGAAAAAAUUGAAACAAUGAAAAAACAACGUGAGAUAUUAUUAAAUGAUCUUCGUAAAAAACUCGAUAGUGAUGAUAUUACAAAACUUGUUCUUAUGCGACGACAAGAAAAUCAUAAAACUUUAUUUAUUACUCAAAUAAAAAAACAUGAAGAACUGAUCAAUACUAUCAAACAAAAUUGUACAGCACAAGAGAAUAUUCUUCAAUCAUUCACAGAAGCUAAUGCAGAUAUCGCUGAAUUACGAACAAAAAUAACAAAUACAUAUGAAAUUCGUCAACGAUUGAUUCAAGAAUAUAUCAAUUCAUUUAAAUCAUAUAAUGCUACUCUAUCGAAAGCAAAUGAAGGAAUUGAAUUCUAUAAGAAACAAAGUACAAAAUUGAAUUCAUUAAAUGAAAAUUUGAUUACUUUACAAUCUCGACAGCAACAAUCAAAACCUCUAGUAAAUUGCCAAAUACCAGCUCAGUAUAGUACAUCGGAUUCAGACAAAGAUUUGCAAACCAUUCCUGAUCGACCACGUUUGAAGGAUUAUUUAGCUGCUAUGAAACCUGAUACGUGGGGUUCAACAGCAAAUCGUUCAACACCUAGAAUCGAAGAUAAUAUUUAUAUGCCGCCACCACCACCACAACCAACAGCAGUAUCUCAUAUGAACAGUAAUAAUAAUUAUUAUACUAAUACAAUGCCAUCGUCUGGUAAUUUGUAUUCAAAUAUGAAUGGACAACCUUAUACAUCUUUACCAAAUUUUAAUUCAUAUCAAAUGCAGCAGCCGAUUCGUUCUGAACUACCGCAAAUGCAUUAUGCACCACCACCACAACCAUCAGCUCCAACAAUACAACCGCCAUCGUCUUUUACAUAUCAACAACCGAUGUAUAAUCAAUCGUAUUCAUAUGAUCCAAAUAUGAAUAAUCAAUCUCAAAUGAAUUAUAAUUCUUCUAGUACUCAAUCAUUUCCUCAACAACAAUUCUAUCCUUCUCAAUCUCAACAGCCAGUUUAUCAACCGCCAUUACAACAUCAAUUAUCACAACCAACAUAUCAUUCAGGUUUACAACAUCCGUCCAUGUAUCAAUCUCAAAAUUUUAGUAAUUCAAAUCAACAAUCUGUGUCACAUUUACCUACUAAAUUUGAUCCAUAUCGUCCACAACCAGUUGGUGCGUAUGACAUUCCAAAUGUACAACAAAAUACAAUUCCAUCACAUCUUAUUAAUCCUCAAGAUAUCUAUCGUCCUGGUGGAUUACUUGGAAUAAAUCAAACACAAAUCUCAUCAUUAAACAAUAAUAAUUAUGAUCAAAAUCAAUUUGUGAGAUAUAUUCCUUCUUCUUCUUCAACUGUCUCUUCGUCUUUUGCUAAUUUAUCAAUGAACUAG